UUUGCACUUUGCCUUUGCUUUAAAAAUCUGACUUUUCACGAAGUGAUUGGUUCGUUUUGAUUUUUCUAUAAUUUUCUUUCCUUAUUUAAUAGUAACACAAAAUGGGUGUCGAUGUAGAAACUAUUUCUCCCGGAAACGGCACCAGCUAUCCUAAGCCUGGUCAAACUGUAGUGGUUCAUUACACAGGAACACUACAAAAUGGGAAGAAAUUCGAUUCAUCGCGGGAUCGCGGUCAACCCUUUAAGUUCACUCUUGGAAAAGGUGAUGUUAUCAAAGGGUGGGAUCAAGGACUUGCUAAAAUGUCUGUUGGUGAAAGAGCAAGACUAACAUGUUCCCCAGACUUUGCCUAUGGCUCCAGAGGCCACCCAGGUGUAAUCCCUCCAAACUCCACUUUGAUUUUUGAUGUUGAGUUGUUACGCGUAGAAUAACUUUGUCUACAUACU